UCAUCUCCAUCUAUCCAUCUACCCAUCACUACGACUGCUUGCUGAUCCUUUUCUCUUGGUGUCGGUUAUCGACUCCGGUUGUGGUUCGGCGGUGUGCUCAUUCCCAUCUUCCCUUAUCUCUCUCAGCCGUCUUACUACUUACUCCCUCUCUCUCUCUACGCGGUUGCCUCGCCCCUGUUCCCCAGCUCUCUUCGCCCCCCCCAUCAACAGCCAUGGCGUCCUACAGCCCCAAGACAACUCCCGUUGGGCCAGAUACUAUAAUCACCAUCAAGGUGCUCUACAAUGACAGCACUCGACGCUUCAAGCUCCCUCUGAGGGAUCUGGGGGCUCGUGUCUUCCCCGAGAAGCUCCGCCAGCUUCUCGGCAUUCCGGCGGAUGAAAACGUCAUCCUUGAACGCUAUUCCGACAGCGCCGCUUCCUACAUCCAGCUGGACAGCGAGAACCUCGCGGUUUACAAACAACUUUACCGGGCGGCCAAGGCCAAAUUGAAGCUUCGAAUUAAGGUUGUCGACGUCGUUGCCUCAGAACCCACCGAGGCAGCAGCCCCGUCUCCGGUGCUAGAGAGUGCGGGUGAGCAGACCGACUCCCCCCGCCCGAGCUAUCUCGAUACCGUUUUGAGCGCUCCGCUCCCCACAGUGGAAACCGAGGAGGCUUCCACACCUUCUGCCGGCAUGGUCCCCGAGGUGGUCAUGGACGUCGGUGCUGCCAGCUUGACCGGCGAGACCGCCCAGUGGACCGUCGAGGACUCGGCGUCUACCCCGUCUCGCUACAGAGACUUUGUCUACAGCCAGAAUGACCUCGGCUGUCAGGUGCCCUCUCAUUCUUCGUCUGCCGGAGUAUUCUGCAUCGAGUGCAACAACUGCGGUCGGUCCAUUCCUAACGAACACUAUCACUGCAGCAAGUGCGAGGACGGCGACUACGACCUGUGCCUGCAGUGCGUUGAGGCAGGCAUAUAUUGCCAGGGUCCCGAUCAUUGGUUGAUCAAGCGAUUUGUCAAAGACGGCACGAUCACCAACAGUGUCACCGAGACUGUUCCCCCUCGUAAGGUCUCUGCCAACGAAGAGGCGGUCAAGCCCACCGAUCCUCCCCUCCCCGAGGAGGCUCCAGAGAAGACACCGGAGACUCCAUCCGAUACGUCCGCCUCCACUGCGAAUGCGGAGGCUCGUAUCUGCAACACGUGUCUCAAAGAGUUUGAGGAGGCCAAGAUGGUCACUUGCAGUGACUGUGAAGACUAUGAUCUAUGCAUGACCUGCUUGCUCAGGGAUGCACAUGGCCACCAUCCCGCCCAUACCUUCACGCUUCUUCGUGACCGUAAAUUCUGUCUCAAGAGUCUGGUCAAGUCUCGCUGUGCCCCGGGACGCCACCACCAGCAUGCAGCCAUCUGUGAUGGCUGUGACAAGCGUAUCAUUGGUGUCCGCCACAAAUGUCUGGCGUGCCCGGACUGGGACUAUUGCGCAGAGUGCGUGUUGACUGCUUCCGAGAGUCACCCACUUCACCGGUUUGUGCCGAUCUAUGAUGCUAUCGCGGAACCGGCCCAUCACCAUGAAGUUCACUACGGUGUUUUCUGUGAUGGUCCUCUCUGCAAGAGCAAGCCCUCCGCCGGCUAUAUCACCGGUGUGCGUUAUAAGUGCGCCGUGUGCAACGACACCGAUUUCUGCGCCAGCUGCGAGGCGCUGCCCACCAACACUCACAACCGCACACAUCCCCUGAUCAAGUUCAAGACUCCCGUGCGAAACGUAACCGUCGACACCCUCGAUGUCAACCCUCGCAAUGGGGCCGCCAUGAAUCUGGGAGACCGUGUCCAGAAGUCCGCGUCCACCCAGGCUAGUGCCCCGAUUGAGCUUGUCGGCCACUCGGCCACGAUUGUUGAGAAGCAGGUGGAGGAGGAAGUAAAAGAGGAAGAAGAAGAAGAAGAAGAGACCCCCCAACCUGAAGAGCAGCUGGAGUUGGCUGUGGAACCUACUCCUGCAGUUGAAGAGACGAAGUCUGCUGUGUCUCUUCCCCCCCGGGACACUGAUUACCAGGCCUUCUAUAUCCGUGACACUGUCGAGGAUGGCACCAAGAUGCCACCGGACCAUGUCUUCGAACAAACGUGGACCCUGUACAACCCGGGCCCUCUUUCGUGGCCUGCUGGCAGCGAUGUCCGCUUUGUUGGUGGAGACUCAAUGUUCAAUGUCGACACCAACCACCCAUCGAGUGUUGAUUCUAUCAACGCGGCGAUGCAAAGCAACAAGCUGCCCGGUGCUAUCGCUCCCGGUAUGUCUGCAGACUUCACCGUGACCCUCCGGACCCCCAGUCGCCAAGGUGCGGCCAUUUCCUAUUGGCGUAUGAAGCUCCCCAAUGGCACUCCGUUCGGUCACCGAUUGUGGUGCGACGUUCAGGUGCGGGAGGAAGAGGAGGAGGAUACCACGGCGCCCGAGGCUAAGCCUGAGGAAGCCUCCUCCAAUGCCGAUGAGUCUUCCGAGCAGAGUGGAAGCACGAUGAUCUUCCCCACGUUGGAUAAAGAGUCCCCUGUCACCAGUACGCACGAAGCCAUGACUGCCGCCCCCCCUGCCCCGUCUCUGUCCAACGCCUCGGAGCGGGAUGUCCUCGAAGACGUCGAAAGCCUGACACUUGAAGACGAUGAUACCGAUGCUGGCUUCUUGACGGACGAAGAGUACGACAUCCUCGAUGCCAGUGACCAUGAAUUCCUGGAUGCUCGGCAGGCGCAAUAAGUAACCCUGUCAUCCCUGGCACGGCGAUCAAGACCAUUGUGAA